AUGACAGCCGGAACAAAGAUACGACAACGCGUGAAAAAUAUAUCUAAUACAAAAACAACAACAAUAUCAGUAAAAAAAUUUUAUCAUUUUGUCUCCGUUAAAUCUGACGAAAACACUAGCCUAUCGUCACACGACUUUGGUAUUUACGAACACCAAAAUUGUUCAUUUAUUUUAUUUCCAGGUGCAUGUUCUGUCAUAAUGACUACAGAUCAUGAAAAACAUAUUCAAGGACUUAAAGAGCUCAAUCGAAUUCAUGUAGGCUAUCAUAAUGAACACGUACAAUAUCCUGUACCGGUCAUAGUGUCCAAAGAUGAAGAGUGGUCAUAUUCACGUCCGACUACUCAGCAAACAACAACAGUAUUAGCAUCCCCAUCAUCAAACAACAAAAAGGACGAUGAUGAAUUUUGUAAUACUAGACAAUUACAACAUAGUAGGAAAUCGAUACAGACAACAGCAUCGACUAGAUCAAAUUAUCGUCAACUUCCUUCACAUCGUUAUUCAUCAUUUUCUCAAUAUCACAUACCAUCACUAACAACAACAACGCAGUUUCGAUCAACACCGAAUACAACCACAAUGUCACAACAUCACAAUAACAACAGUCCACUCGAUGACAGAUUUUCCUGUUUGUUUCCGCCACCGAACAGAAAUGUUUCAGAAAUAAAUCAGUUCGACAAGUCACUUCAAAAUUUUACAAGCGAAAAACUACCAACACGUUCACAUCGAAAAAAUUCAAACAAUAAUCGUCUUCUAUCACCACCAUCUCCGACAAACUCUACAUCCUCAUCAUCAUCGAUUUCGUAUUCACUCACACGACAAACAACAGCAGCAAUACCACAAGUCACAAUAGAUUGUCCUAAGGUUAGGCAUCCGCCAAUAUCUGAAUAUAAUCAUUUAUCAUUAUCGGGAUCAUCAAUUUCGUCUUGUUCGGAAAAUGAAAGAAGAAAAAAAACUGUAACAUCAUCAACAUCAUCAUUUCCUCUAUUGGAGAAGCAGUUAAUAACAACAGAAAAUGAUGAUGAUGAUGAUGCUUUGUCCGAUUCAUCAUUAAAUCGAAUAUUGACUAGUACCACGAACAUGGAUAGCCAACAGCCAAUUACGCAACGUUUAUCACGGAAAAUUUUUGCCAAGUUAUUUCCAUCAUCUUUUUCCGUCUCAAAAUCCUAA